UCCAGUCUGACAUUAAUUGUUCAUGCACAAUACCUGCUUUGCAGAAUUUGCAACAAACACACCUAUCAACCUUGCCCUGUUUAUCUUUUUUCAAGAAGCUAAUUAUCUAGUUCUUGCUUUCAUUAACUUUUACAUUCAUAGCCAGUAUUCUGGUGUUUUCACUAAACUCUGUAUUAUCAGAGUACAGUGCCAGCUUGAAUGUCUGUUUUUUUCUGUAUGACAGCUAUAUGCCAACAACCUCAAUAUUAUUUAAAAUUGUUCCACUAACACACUGAAAUCUUUUCUAAGCUGUUGCAUGAGGUCCAUUACGUGUUUUUCACUGUGGAGAAAGCCAACAGAGAUAUUGUUUUACGCAUUUACCCAGUGAGCAAACAAUGUAUGCAUGAUUCUUUUCAAAACCAAACACAAUGUCAAAGAGUAACCUUUUACAUGCCAUACUUCAGUACCAAUGAGCUACUGUGCCAUAGUGCUGGUUCAGGAGUUUCCACAAUAAGACAACAAGCUCUUUAGGUGAUGACAGGUAUAAAAGUGACAGCAUGACAUGUGUGAAACCAGAGCAGUGUGAGCACGAACAACCAUCACCAUGACAAUGGGCAGGGUAAGUGGUGCUGAUGAGAAAAAACUAUUUGUCAGAAUUUCAAACUUGUCAAAAUUCUGGUGUUAAGUGUGUUUAAAUUUAUUUCGCUUUCUUUUUUAUCCAUCCUUUCCGUCUUUAAAAGUAAGCUUGAAACAUGACAUUUUUGAGGCUAUUUGGAUUACUAAAAAAAACCAAUUUGAAUCUAUCCUUUCCACUGCAAAUCUGAGAAGCCAAAUGAUUAUGAGUUUUAUGUUUCAUUUAUUUAGUUUUUGAUGUUACCAUCGAUCCCCAUUCCAUUUCAGAUCACCUUCUACGAGGAGAGGAACUUCGGCGGUCGCUCCUAUGACAGCAGCAGUGACUGUGCCGACCUCACAUCCUACAUGAGCCACUGCUACUCCUGUAGGGUUCACAGUGGCUGCUUCAUGGUCUAUGACCGCGCCAAUUACAUGGGGAACCAGUACUUUCUGAGGAGGGGAGAGUACCCUGACUGUAGGAGCAUGGGCAUGAGUGACUUCUUCAGAUCCUGCCGAAUGAUUCCCAUGUACAGGGGAUCCUACAGAAUGAGGAUCUACGAGAGGGAGAACUUUGGAGGUCAGAUGUAUGAGCUGAUGGACGACUGUGACAAUAUCAUGGAUCGCUACCGCAUGUCCAACUGCAUGUCCUGCCACGUGAUGGAUGGCCACUGGCUCAUGUAUGAGCAGCCCCACUAUAGAGGAAGGAUGAUGUACUUCUGGCCUGGGGAGUACAGGAACUUCAGCAACAUGGGAUGGGGAAGUGGCAUGAGGUUUAUGUCUAUGAGACGUAUCAUGGAUUCUUGGUAUUGAAACAAAUAAAUUUAUAAUCAACAAUUAA